AGCCGCCAGCGAUUUGCCGUUGCCAAAUGUAGCUCGCCCGACGCAGCGAUGUGGCUGCGUGCCGUGCCGCUCCGGUGCAGGCACACCUUCAACCCGAGCAGAGGUUUUGCUCGGUCAAACCGAGGACGAACCUCGCCGCCCGCGCCCGCGCCCGCCGUGGAGCUGCCCACACUCACGCCCAAGGCGGAGGAGUCGAAGCUGAAGUUCCACGUGGAGCAGGACUUGUCGCAACUGGCGCGGUCUGAAGGCCCUUUGGCGCUUUUCAACAGCUUGGUGCAGAAGGGCCAGCUGCAAGAGGACGGCGAGCAGAGGCGGGUGCUGGAGGUUUUGAAUGCCAUCUUCUUCGGCGCCCCCAAGAGAACCUCCAAAGGUCUCUACCUGUACGGCAGCGUGGGCUGCGGAAAGACGAUGUCCAUGGACAUCUUCUACGCGGCCCUACAGAGCCACCCACAGGUGCGGGUGCAGAGGAAGCACUUCCAUGAGUUUCUCUAUGAUGUCCAGCGGCUGCUUCACCAGAUCAAGUUGGAGGACACAGACGGGGUUCAGACUGGCUUGGGCGUUCAGCGAGCUGGAGAGCGUAUUGCAGAUUCUGUGGACGUGCUUUGCUUCGACGAAUUUGCAGUGACCACCAUCCAGGACUGCUGCAUCCUGAUGCCACUCUUCAACGCCCUGUUCAGGCGCGGGGUCACGAUCAUCGCGACCUCCAACCGCGCCCCGGAGGACUUGUACACGGACGGCCUCAACCGGCAAGUCUAUCUUCCGCCAUUCCUGGACUUGCUGCGGGGGCACUGCAAAGUCAUCCGCAUGCAGAGCCAGAAAGACUAUCGCGCGGUCCAGUAUGAGAACAGCCCAGAUGCAGGCGUCUUCUGCUGGCCGCCAACGCUGGGCUUUGUGGACACCUGGUUCGAGAAGGUGGCGGGCACUUCCGGCGGCACUCCCGGCCACGUGCAGGUCGCCUAUGCCAGAACUCUGCCAGUGCCGCGGAUUUCCGCGUGCGGGGGCGUGGCGCGCUUCGCCUUCGGAGACCUCUGUCAGCAGCACCUGGCGGCGGACGACUACAAUUCCCUUUGCAGCCGCUUCCAUACCAUCCUGAUCGACGGCAUUCCGCGGCUUACGGUGGACCAGCACAACGAGGCGAGGCGCCUCACGCUGCUCAUUGAUUGCUGCUACGAGCACCAUACGCGGCUCAUCGCCAGCAUGGCAGGGCCCCCCGAGGAGAUUCUCGGGGGCCUCACUGAGCUGCAGAACAUCAGCAUGAGCACCCUGGGCUCCGGCGAGGCCGGCUGUGGCGAUAGCGACUCCGCCUCCUCUUCCAGCGGAGUGCUGAGUGCCAUCUCCCGCAUCAAGACGAGCAUCGAGGAUCGCAGCGACGCUGGCCACAGCGUGCCGGAUGCCGCGAUGCUGUUCUCCGGCGAGGGCCUGCGCAUGGAUAGAGUUCUGGAAUCCGAGAUCACUCGUGCCAGGUCCCAUGGGACGGAGGAUAUCUCCAUCUGGCGCCAGGACGGCGAAUCCGAAGGCCGACUCCAAGGAAUGCCGCAGGUCUCGAAAGGCUGGGAUGACCGACGCCGCAUCUCCCAGUUCACCUGGGAAUCCACCGAUCCAACCUCCGAGCAGCAAGCGAUCAAAGGGGUCUUCGUGGCCGCCGUGGCCUCUUUGAAGGAGAGUGGCUUCGCAGUGCACCGCUCCAUCUCGCGGCUGCGGGAGAUGCAGACGGUUGCCUUUCAGGAAGCUCACCGGGUGAAACAUGGGCUUUGAGUACCUCCCCUGAUGUGUAUGCCAAAAAGCUCGGAGCUGCGCGACACGGAGAUCCCUGGCACUUGGAUCGGCGAGACGGCGGAGUUUCGCGGCUCUCAGUUGUGACCCGGGAUUCGAAUGCAUUGUUUCCAUCUUCCAGACCGCGUCCAAGCUCAGUGGCGAGCAGCUCGCAAGUUGCGAGCCGGGACCCUGCCUGCAAAGUCAUGCGUGCCAGAUUUUCCGCUGCCCGAAGGCGUGCGCGC